UUAAAACCCGUGAUUAUGCCGGAGACGAGUCACGACGCGAUCUCACCGGUCACGGAUCCGAUCGAUAAUUUGCCUCUCCGGCAACUCAGAUCGGACAUCGUUCCACCGGCUCCGACUCGAUCUCAGUCUACUAUUGACUGGCUUCCCGACUUCGCUGGUUACUCAUGGCUUGCUUACGGGGCAUCCACUCUCCUCGUUAUCUCUCAUCUACCUUCUCCUCUCCGCGGCGAAGAUUCUACGAACGCACCAUUUUUCCGUCAGAUUCUAGAGAUUUCCGGCGAUGUUUCGUCUCCAGUUACUUCCGUGUCUUGGUCUCCUGUAACGCCGUCUGUAGGCGAGCUCGCUGUUGGGUCUGGGAACUUUAUCUACCUCUGUGCGCUUGAUUUGAAUGGUUCUUUUUGUUGGAGUCAGAAUGCCAUAUUGGUGCAAGAAACAAAUGUUGAGGCCAUUGAGUGGACAGGAUCCGGGGAUGGGAUCAUAGUUGGUGGAACUGAUAUUGUCUUGUGGAAGAGAAGGAACCAAUCUUGGGAAAUAGCUUGGAAGUUCUCGGGGGAUCACCUUCAAGAUCUGGUUUCCUCCACCUGGUCGUUUGAGGGUCCUUUUGCGACAGCAACUUCUUGUAGCAAGUUUCCAGCUGAGUGUGACGAGGCAGGUAAAAGUGUCUUGGCCUUUUAUAGUGACGGAGUAUCAUAUCAUAAACUUGAAUUGCCUCAUCCUCAGAGAAUAUCCAUGAUCCAGUGGAGACCGAUGGCUGCAGAACAGUCUGCAAUAGGUAUAGCGAACUCAAUGAGGAAUGUGCUAAUGACAUGUUGCUUGGAUGGGGCAGUAAGGUUAUGGAGUGAGGUAGAUGGUGGAAAGACAAAAAAGGGCGCUAAAGAUGUGUCUGAUCAUAAGAAAUCAUUUUGCGUGGCAGCUGUGAUAGAGAUAAAUCAGGUCUUGGAUGGCUGUUUGGGCAGAGAUUUAUUUAUUUUUUGGGGAACUCGUACAGGGGGUAUAUUGAAAACCAUUGAAGGUACUAAUCAAUUUUUUUCUAUGGAAAAUUAUGAUCAAGAGAUAGUUGGAAAAUGUGAGUGGUUGGUGGGGUACGGCCCUGGAAAGUUGGCUACUCUGUGGGCUGUCCAUUGUCUUGAUGACAUCUCUCCUAUAAGGUUUCCCCGAGUAACAUUGUGGGCGAGACAAGAAUCAAAUGAAAUUGGUUCAGGAUCACUCUCUCUAGCGGAUGCUGCUGGUUCUUCUGAUCGAUUACCCCUUAAGAAAGUUUCUCUAUUGAGAAAUAACCUUUUUGGCACACCACUAAUAUGCUCGUCGAUUUAUCUAUCUCCGGAGAAUACUGUGUAUUGGUCUUCCUUGCACACAAUAAAAUCACAUGACUCAGAAAAUUCAUCCCCUAAUAAAUCCAGUUUAUUGAAGUGCAUUACUGGAAAAGUAUUAUAUCUCGAUGGUCAUGGUGGGAAAAUCCUACAGGUUGCCUUUGAUCCUUUCAAAUGUGAGGUGGGAUACACUGCUUCCCUGGAUUCUAAUGGUUUGAUAAUAAUAUGGUCUUCUAGUGCUUAUUUGAACCGUGCCAUUGACCAUCCUAUAUCAGUUUCCUCUUGGAAACCUUGUGGACGGCUACAGAAACAAGAUUUAAGAUUUAAGUAUACAUGUUUAUGCUGGGCACCUUCGUCAUUGAAAGAUGAGAGAUUUCUACUUGUGGGACAUGUAGGAGGGGUUGAUUGCUUUAGUGUAAGAAAUUGUGGGAAAGAUGAUGAUGGUUAUCUAACCCAUUACAUAUGUACCAUACCGUUUGCAGUAAAGAGCCCUUUGCAGAGUGGUCCGACCAGCAUAUUUGCGAGAGCUCUGUCUAAUUCUUGUGGGAAGACAUUCAAAAGUAACAGGUUUUUGCUGAUGAGUGUAUCGAUGAAAGAGAAACGGUUUGAUGCUCUGUCAUGGAGCGUGACCUUGCAUCAUUUUGAUGCAGCAGGAAGCACCUGCGAUUGUCAUUUUCAUGAUUUUGAUUGUACUGGACUGGGAAAGUGGUUAUUCAAAGAUACUUUUGCUGGUAAGACGAAUUGCAUUGCUAUUAGAUCAUGCUCUUCAGAAAUACCUGAAUCUCACCGUGAUGAUGAAGUUACGAGUUUUGCUGUGGUCAAUCCAAGUGGUAGGGCUCUAGAGAAUGACGUGAACAGCGAAAAUAAAGAUUAUACUAUGGCAACUGGUCUAGCUGAUGGCUCUUUAAAACUUUGGAGAAGUAGUUUUCAGGAAAGUUCAACACCUUCCCUUUCGUGGGAGCUUGUUGGCAUGCUUACCAUUGGCCAAAAUCCUGUCAGUGCUAUAUCUCUAACUGAUGCGGGACACAAGAUAGCAGCCGUCUGUACAGAGAAUCAUUCCAAAGCUGCCUGCGCAAUUAGUAUAUGGGAGAUUAUACACCUUAUAGAUUCAGGGGUUUUCAUACUAGAGCAUACGUUACAUUUGGAUGCAGAGGUUGUUGCAGUAAAAUGGUCAUCUACGGGUAAUGAUCAGCUAUUGCUUGGAGUUUGCACACAAAAGGAGAUGCGGGUGUAUGGUACUCCUCGGCAGCCUUGCAAAAGUACCAGUUUUGCGGUCGCUGAUUAUUCUUUAGAGGCACAGAUUUGGCAAUGCUUCGCUGUUACUCGUACAUUUUCUGUUUUUCGCGAUUUAUGGUGGGGAUCUAAAGCCAUGACUUGCCUUGUUCAUAAUGAUUUUAUUAGUCUACAUGGUCAAUGGCUGGCUGUUGUUGAUGAGAAACAAAGGAUAGAUAACCUACCACACAUAUUUGCAGCCAAUCUUCCCAACUUAGUAACUGCUACAAAAGAAGGUAGAGACUCUAAAUUGUUAUCUGAUUCUGGUACUAAUGAUAUCAAAGAAGCUGAUACUGCAUCUAUUAGCAGAGGAUGUAUUCCUCUACCUUCAACUAGUAAUGCAAUUGAUGACAGGCAAGUCACUAGUAUGUCGUUGAUUGGAACCGCAUAUGGUUCAGAUACUAGUACUGACAUUACGAGCAUGGAACGCAUGGUGGAUAAGUUAGGAGGUGCCUUACCGCUUUAUCACCCACAAGCCCUCCUUGUAGCUAUACAUUCAGGCAAUUGGAAACGAGCAAGCACAGCUCUAAGGCAUCUUGCUGAAUGUAUCACUUCAACUGAUGCCUCCGAGAAGGGUGCUUUAAAGUCUGUUCUUUGUCCAGAUGUCCUUUUGUCAAUGUAUUAUGAAGGGUCUCUUUCCAAUGACCGAAAUCCUAAGGAUUUCCAAUGGGGUGGGACAUCUGGUUCACAGUUGCAGUCAGGGUUGCAGUCAUCUGGUUUCUUUAAUAUGGAUUCUUAUAAUCCCAACAGUAGUUACAGUUCACCUGCAACAGACUUGGAUUUUAGUGGCUUCUGUGAGCAGCUGAAGAAGUUAUCAGAUGGUGGAAAUAUUUCAAGGAUAGAAAAAUUGCAAUAUUUUGCAAUUGUUGACCUUCUUUGUGAAAUUAGUAACCCACAUUCUACAUCUGUCUAUGCAAGUCUUGAUGAAGCUGGCAGAAGAUUUUGGGUCACACUUAGGUUUAAACAGCUAUUCUUGGCUCGAAGUUCUGGGAAAACAGCAUCUUUGGAAGAGUUGGAUAUUGACUCUAGCAUGAUAGGAUGGGCUUUUCACUCAGAGUCUAAAGAGAUUUUAUCUGGUUCUCUUUUACCUAAUGAAUCAUCAUGGCAACAAAUGCGAUCACUGGGAUUUGGAUUUUGGUAUUCAAAUGUAGCACAACUGCGUUCACGAAUGGAGAAACUGGCCCGACAGCAAUACUUGAAGAAAAAGAAUCCUAAAGAUUGUGCGCUUCUCUAUAUAGCUUUAAAUAGAGUUCAAGUUUUGGCUGGUCUUUUCAAAUUAAGCAAGGAUGAGAAAGAUAAACCCUUGGUUGUUUUUCUUUCACGCAAUUUUCAGGAGGAGAAAAACAAGGCAGCAGCCUUGAAAAAUGCGUAUGUGCUAAUGGGUAAACACCAACUGGAGCUGGCGAUAGGUUUCUUUCUCCUUGGAGGUGAAGCCUCAUCUGCCAUAAAUGUUUGUGUGAAAAAUCUUCAGGAUGAGCAGCUUGCGCUCGUAAUUUGCCGGCUUGUUGAUGGUCAAGGUGGGGCCCUGGAAAGUAAUCUUAUAAAGAAAUAUAUACUUCCAUCUGCUGUUCAGAGAGGAGACUUUUGGCUAUUAAGCCUUCUUCAGUGGGAAUUAGGAGAGUACCACCAGUCGAUUCUUGCUAUGGCUGGAUGUCUAGGGAACUCUGUUACUGGGAGUUCUACCGUUUCUGCAAAUCACAUCUCUUUUGUGGAUCCUAGUAUUGGCCUAUACUGCCUCAUGUUGGCAACCAAAAAUAGUGUGAAGAACACACUGGGGGAAAGAAGUGCUUCAACAAUUAGUAGAUGGGCAACCUUAAUGGCUGCUAACGCUUUCAGCAGAUGUGGCCUCCCGCUCGAGGCGUUGGAAUGUCUUUCAGCAUCUGGCGUUGGUCGUGGUGGUACCCAUCAGACAAGCGUUCCAAGUAACGGUCAGCUGUGUACCCCGCAAGGUGUUUUUGAGCAUUGUGUCCCUCAUUCGUCGAAUUGGGUAUCAAGCGGUGUUUCAUCUACUUUGGACACUCAUUUUAAAUUGGGUUUAGCCGUUCAGUUCCUCUCGAGGCUCUUAUGGGUAGCAACUGCACCGUUAAUGAAUUCUGAUACUGUUUCGUGUGAGAAACUCUCACGAUUUCAGCAUACUCUACAAACAGCUUUGGAGCAAUUUUACCUGAGGUUUUCGCUGUCUUCAUCUUACCUACGUGAUAUGGUUAUUUUGUCAGCCUACAGCCGUGGGUUACUAUCCAUGGGACACAAUAUAUUUCAGGAAAAUAGUUCCUCAGGACUCUCAGACGACAAGUCUCACAUAGAUGAAAAUCUUCUCCAAUAUUCAGCUUUACCAAAAUUGGUUCUAAAAGCGAUUGAAGAGAAAUCAUCUGUAUUAUCACGUAUCAUUGCUGCGUGCAGUGUCACUUGCUUACACUCAGUGCCAUGCUUUGAGGAAAAUAAGGUGUCACCUGGACCUGAACCAAAGUGGUCCAAUGCUUUGCGUCUUUACUUUCAGGGAAUUUUGGAAUCGUUCUCUAGUUUGAGAACAUCUAUUAGCCUGUGCUUGGGCUCCUCUGUGGAAGACUUGGAAACAAGACUCGCAGUUGUUCUUGAUUUAGUCGAAUAUUGUUCGAGACUCGCAAUAGCUUGGGUUUUGGGGGAUGUAAAUUGUCUCUUCAGAAUGGUUCAGCCCCUUACCAUAGCAUAUUUUCAUGGGCAGAUGCCUCAUGAGGUUGACCUGGAAAGCGUGAAGAGAGUAUACCACCAGGAAGCCUCUGUUAGUGUUCUAGAUGCAUCAGAUGUAGAAGUUAAUUCUAAGGUCAGCAGAGAUGUUGAAAAUAACGAAUUUGGCUAUCCAGUGGACUCAAUUCCAGAAGAUGAAAGACGUCUUAUAACGCAAGCAUGCUUUUGGAAGCAUGUUUCAGACUUUGUGAAACAUAAGCUGGUAUCUAUUUCGAUCAAUCUAGAUGGUGUUAUCUCGAAUAGCUGUUCCUCUGAGAAUUUUGGUGCUCAGGCAGCAUUGGACUCCAGUGCUGACAUUGUAUUCGUAACAGAGAAGAUAAUGUCUGUUCUGGGAAAUACACUGAUUAGCACUCUUGCCCAACUCUCUUCCUAUCAUGUCAAACAACUAGUAUUGGUCUUGAAACAGAAAAUAGAGAAGAGAACUCAGGUUCCUACCUUGUUAUGGUUACUUGAAUGUGGCAGAUCUCAAGCAAAGUUUCUUAAUCGAGAUCCCCCAGAUGCAGGUAUAGAGAAUGAAGACAAUGGUGACCUAGCUGUUUCUGUGAGGUUCUGGAAGCUUUGUGUUGAUCCUCAUUUACUGUACGAGGCUAUCUUGCUAGAAAAUUUUGACAUAUCUGAGUGGUCAAAAUCCAAACCACUGGAUGAUUGGAGCGAUAUGUACAGAGAACUUACCAGGAAGAAUGAGCUCAAUAUGUUGUGCAAUCAAGAUGGUCGGAGUAGUAAUGAAGUGGCUUCGCUUGCAAGCUACUCUUCAAAUUCUUCACAGAAAGCUGCGGUAACUGCCAGUGAUAACUCUGCUUUCCAGAAUCCCAAAGAAAUCCAUAAGAGGACCGGGGAGCUUAUAGAGGCCCUUUGUAUCAAUGCCAUCAACCAUCGGCAAGCUGCAUUAGCUAGCAACCGCAAGGGCAUAAUUUUCUUUAAGCUAGAAGAUGGUGGUUCCUGCAUAAACCAGUCAGACUAUAUCUGGUCAAAUGCUGACUGGCCACAUAAUGGUUGGGCUAACUCUGAGUCAACUCCGGUUCCAACAUAUGUCUCUCUUGGUGUUGGUCUUGGGGACAAGAAAGGAGCACACCUUGGGUUAGGGGGGGCCACUGUUGGAGUUGUUUCUCUUUCCAAGCCUGGUAAAUCUCACAGAGUUCCGGGUUACACCGGCUUAGGAGUCUCUGGUCUAGGUUGGGAAACUCAAGAGGACUUUGAACAGUUUGUUGAUCCUCCUCCAACAGUUGAAACUGUUGUUACGAGAGCAUUCUCUAGUCACCCAACAUUGCCUCUCUUCUUGGUUGGCUCGAGCAACACACACAUUUACUUGUGGGAGUUUGAAAAAGAGAGAGCCACUGCAACUUACGGUGUUCUGCCUGCUGCAAAUGUUCCUCCUCCAUAUGCUUUGGCGUCUAUAUCAGCAGUGCAAUUCGGUCCAUGCGGACACAGAUUUGCUAGCGCUGCACUGGAUGGAACUGUAUGCACUUGGCAAUCAGAAGUUGGAGGAAGAAGCAAUAUCCAUCCUGUUGAAUCAUCUCUUUGCUUCAAUGGCCAUGCAUCAGAUGUAGAAUAUAUUAGUUCGAGUGGAUCCAUUGUUGCAGCUUCAGGAUAUAGCUCAAGUGGUGCGAACGUAGUUGUAUGGGAUACUCUAGCUCCGCCUUCAACCUCCCAGGCAUCUAUCAAUUGUCAUGAAGGUGGUGCGCGCUCUAUCUCAGUAUUCGAUAAUGACAUUGGUAGUGGCUCAAUUUCACCUAUGAUUGUGACUGGUGGCAAAAACGGGGAUGUUGGUUUGCACGAUUUCCGGUAUAUUGCUACCGGAAAGAUGAAGAAGCAAAGGAACCCUGACGGAAGAUCUUCAACUGAUGGGGAUCAACACAAGAAUGGGAUGCUUUGGUAUAUACCAAAGGCUCACUUAGGGAGCGUGACGAAAAUAUCAACAAUCCCGCACACAAGUCUGUUCUUGACAGGAAGCAAAGACGGAGAAGUUAAACUUUGGGAUGCGAAAGCAGCCAAGUUGAUACAUCAUUGGCCCAAAUUACACGAAAGACAUACAUUUCUACAGCCGAACUCUAGAGGCUACGGUGGAAUCAUCCGGGCUGGGGUGACUGACAUACAAGUUUGUCCGAACGGAUUUAUAACGUGUGGCGGUGAUGGCACGGUGAAGUUGGUCAGCCUCAGAGACUCCUAUGACGAUGGUAAAUAAAAGUAACCUUUUCCAGGGGAAAGUUUUAUAGCCGAGAAAACGAGUUAUAUAGCUCUUCUUGUGAUUUUGUUUUUUGUAAUGUAACUUUUUUCUAUAUGGUUUGGUUUUAUUUUGGGUGUAUACAUAUAUAACACGCGCAUAUAUUAUUUAGAUUAUGAAGCAGUGGCAUCUUGAGUUGACCUUAAUCCAGAUUUUUAAAAUUUAUCUUUGACUUGA